AUGUUGGAACGAAACGCAGCGAUUAUUUUUGCAAUAGCUGGUAUUAUAACUGUUCUUGGUUUUAUUGGUGGUGUAGCACCAGGAUUUUAUAUUAAAAUUGAAUAUCAGAAUAAAAAUCAAAUAUAUUCAACAUCUUCGAUAGAAAUUAAUAUCUUUAAUAAAAAGUUAUCAAGAGACGAAAAAAUCUUGCUUAUUUUUACUGAUACUCUAUUUUUUACUAUUGGUAUUUUUCUUGGUAUACUUUUUGAAUUAUUAUUCAAAGCUUUGAAUGCAUCAUCAACUGUUCGUAUUAUUAUUGGAGCUAUGUUCAUGUUAGCUUUAUUAAUACUUUUUAUCAUUAUCUUAAUAUUAGCAUUAAAAAAUUCGAGCAAACCACCAAUAGAAAUUAAUGAACCAAAUCAAACAAUAGUCGAACCGAGCACACCUUCAAAAGUAUUAACUAAACCACGAGAUGGACCACAAAAUACAGCUGCAAGAAUUAAUCGUUAUCAUUCACGUUAUAAUGAUAAUACUUUGAAAUCUUCAUGGCAAACAUCUUCUAAUGAUUUAUCAAUAUAUUCAAAUAAUACUUUUCAUACAACAAAACCCCAAACUACAAUACAAAAAGAAUAUCAAAAAUUACUUCAUCCAUCACCUCAAUUUUAUACUAAUGAUAAAGUUUAUGUUAAUGAUACAGAUAUUGCACAAAUAAUUAAAGAUGAAGGUAAAAUAACGAAAUGA